CUCUCUUUUGCACUGAUCACUUCAGGUCGUGAAUAGAAAUGGAAGUUAGCGGCAGCGGAGCUGGGAUAUAGAAAUUGUUGUUUCCAGCGGCGCUCCCUGGCUCUGCUCCACACCUCAUAAAUAAUAGCUCUUACCUCAUUUUAGCUACGAAGAGAAGCAAAAGCAAGCUGCCUGUGUCUUUCUUCAGCAAACCUAAGGUGCCCUCUCGGAGAGGCAGAACUGAGCACUCUGUUAUUAACUGACAUUAUUGAGGAAAUACGCUUGCUUUCUUUUUUUUUGGCUGCGAUUUUUUUUUUGCCACGUUUGUGACAGCAUCUUGAUGGGGAAGCUGAUCUCCAAAGGCUGGCGCAAAAGAGAUGCUCGAGUUGUCAUGCUGGGGCUUGACUUCGCCGGCAAAUCCACCCUUCUCUACAAACUGAAGAGUGGGCGGGCUGUGGAGACCUGCCCGACGGUGGGCUUCAACGUGGAGUCUCUGCAAACGCCUUGUGGCUUAUCCUUCACCCUCUGGGACGUUGGCGGACAAGGUAGCCUGCGGGCAAGCUGGCCUGACUACCUGGAGGACACUAGUACCCUCGUCUUUGUGCUCGACAGCACAGACACGGCCCGGCUGCCCGAAGCAGCAGCGGAGCUGGAGGAAGCGCUAAGCCACCCCAGCAUGGCUGGCGUCCCCGUCCUCCUCCUGGCCAACAAGCAGGAGGUGCCAGGAGCACUGGCUCCCGCCGAGCUGGGGGAGAUGCUGCAGCGGGGGCGGCUGGUAGAGCGACGCUGGGUGCUCCGGGGUUGCAGUGCCCACACGGGACAGGGCCUGCAGGAAGUCCUGGCCAUCCUGGGAGAGCUGCUGCGGGGUCUGGAGCAGAGUUCUCCAGCCCAAGAGCAGCCCCUCGCAGGGCCAACGGGGAGGAGGCAAGCUCCGGGGCAAACCUGAACCUUGAGCAGACCCUUCCCACCCAUUGCAGCCCGCAGGUUUGCUGCGGAGGAUCCCAGCCUCCAGGUGUCCCCUAAAAUGAGCAGCUGGCACAAGCAACACCGAAAAACAGCCAGCCGCUCACCACCGAAAUCCACCAGGAAGACCUUUGAGCAAAACUCCCACCGUGGAGCAUUUUUGGCUCCAUCUCUUGGACUCUUAUCACUGGCCGCAGCUUUUCCCGCAGUCGCCAGGCUCUGCUCAUCCAUUUUGUGUGUCCAGUGCUUCCGCAGGGAUGCUUUUUGCCAGAGCAGUAUAAAUCACACCAGAGAUGCACACAAGGGACAGAGGGGGUUAUUUUCUUUCCAUGGCUCCCAGCCCCAAUGCAUCUAUCCUGAUGGGGUGAUCCCCACAGGCGGGUGUUUGAACGUGCCCCAUGCCGCUUCUCGCUCAGCUCGAAUCGUCAUUGUUCAUCAUCUGGAAAAGCAGCAGCUGCUAAAAGGGAAGGGCUGAACUGGAGCAGUGUAAGUGCAGGACUUCGAACAACCGACAGCUAAUUGGUUUUAAUGAGGCAUCUACGGGUAUAAUCUUCAAACCAUCGAUGUGACUCAGAAUUGGAUGGCGUAAUGUGGUUCAAGGAUGUGUAUAUAUUUAUUUCUGCAUUUCUUGUUUUGGGUCUUUCUUUUACGUUUGUUAUUUUUAUCAAAUACUGAUUUCAUGAAAAUGGUACCUCACUUUCCUUGGAUUAUAUUUGGAUAUAAAGAAACCAAAUCUGACUUCUAGAUGCUUGGAAACAUGUCUGCAUGGCCAGUCAACCUCUAAAUAUCCUCGUGGUGGCCUGAACAACCAAGACAAAGUCCCGUCUCUCAGACUUUUUGAAACUGGAUGAGACUACUCUAUGGACAUUGGUAACCGUGGGCACCUCUGGGCACAGGCAGGUUGGUAACCAAAGGGGUUUCCACACCCAAAUGUGUCGGGGGCAAUUGAAAUGCCCCUGGCGGAUCAUGACAGGGCUGGGUCCCUUCUUGCAGUGAUGGUCUUUGUCUGAUCCUGCUGAACCUACCAUUGGAAAAACCUGUAAAAUGUGCCUGAGAGCUACCUGUACUCAAAACUCUGUUAUUCAGGGUUAAAAUUAAGAAAUUUCCUAGCAAUCCCUACUUUAUUAUGAAAUGAAUGGAAGUGGUGGGGGCAGAGGAGAGAAAGGACACAAAAUUUUCAGGCAGCAGAAGUCAGCCGUUUUCGAGGCAGAACUUAUUCCACCUAGAAACACCAAAGAGAAAUACAUGGUGAAAUCCUCUUCUGUUCAUACCAGAGCACUUCACAGUUGUUAAAGAAUUAAUCAUCCAGCUGUUACUGGUACUGUUAUUAGCCUCAUUUCAUUGAAGGCAGCAGCUGGAAUAUGAGGUUUGAACAGUCAUGAAGAAACAGAAUAUGGCAUUUAUAGGAAGGUCUCAAUAAAAGAAAUCCUUCCCAGUGGAAAAAGCCAGACUUUUUAGCAGCAUUAAUAUAUAAGAACUGUGAUAUGCUAUGAAAUAGUACUCCAGUGCUGAGCUGGCCUCAGUGGUCAUGGUUAUGGGUAUAUUUAAACAGCAUUGAAUGGUAUAAUGAAUUAUACGACAAAGCUGUGUGCAUGGUAAGGAGGACAAAAUCACAUCUCUAAAUCUUUGCAUUUAACAUAAGCCGGUUGAUCUGCCUUUGGCUGGUUGUAGGUGAUCAUCGUUUGCUCCUAACACACAAGUCCCCAGUGGACGUGUUGGGUAUUUGACUGUCAGAGGGGGACGGAGCAGUUCUUGUGAGACAGCACACGUGCUAGUAUCUAGAUAGAGAUGAAUGAACUCAGGUCAUCUAUGCAACCUGGUCACCAGUACAUGAAAAAGCCAUGUCUUCUCAGGCACCCAUCCAACGCAAAAGGCUCUGUGUGGUACUGCCCUGCCAAAAACCUUCUCUUUAUUGAGUUUGCUGCUGUUUCGGUCUUGUAUCUCAUGUGGUACAAAGCCGAGUAUUGUACAUCAGGGUGGGGGAUCACCAAUACUUUAAACCCAACACAGACUGAAGGGUUGUCCUGAUGGUGUUUCAGUCCUACUUGGCUCUUGAUGUAUGCAUUUGACUCUACAGGAUUGUCUGCUGGUGGUGAAAAAGGGCACUGAAAACUUUCCAUUUCCCCAUGAGUGUUUUUUAAGCCCUUUAAAGAGAAAAAAAUAGGCUCCUCUGGCAGCAAAUAGAGGUAACCACCAGCCUUUGGUAAAUAUGACUUAUUAAAAAUGAAAAUAGCGGGAUAGGUGGUGGGGAAGAAGAGGUUGCUCUUGGCAGUGGAAACCGUGAAUGCCUGAAACUGAGGAAGCAACCUCCCGGUUACUGAAAGUGUUCUCACUUCCCUUGAAGCAGUAAUUUGGAAAAAUACCCCAUCUCAUGGGGCAUCAUGUGAUUUAACAUCCUUGUUUUCCGGAAUAAGGCUUUUCUAAACGCUUGGUCACAUUACUCGGCUCAUUUAUGCCAUUGUUAGAGACUGUCAAAACGAUGCUGUGUCAUAAUGUUUGAAACAGCAACAUGGAGUUUACUUCUAAUUAUUUUCUCUUUUCUCCAGCGCUGGAAAACGUGUUAAAACAAGCCAAUCUAACGAGCCCUGCUCUGCUCUCAUCAAAUGCUUGCAGGACGCUCACCCAACGGCACUUAAAUGCUUCAGUGUCAAAACUCCCGCCCAGUUCAAAGGGAGCAGUGUGGAGGGUUGCAGGAAGAAGCCAGGGAGAAGCGUGGAGGUUUGCAGGAAGAAGCCAGCUCUAGGGAAGGAAGUUUGUUGCCUCUUUUUCUCGGUAAUUCUGCUGCUGCCGAGAGCUGCUGCCUCAUGGAGCUGUAUUAAUCCUUUAAACGUCUGCACUUACGGACUCCAGCCAGGAGGGCACCCUCGAACUUAGAGUCUCCAUCUUCCUGUGUGUGUGAUAGGUGUCACAACCUCUGCGCUGAUUUCUAAAAUAACACAGCUUCUCUCUUAGUAGCAGACAAAAGAAAAGUCCUUGGGACGUUUUCUUGUUUCAGGUUCCUCACAAAUUUGAAGUAUCCUUUGGGUUAUUGGCCCCAGAGCCCACUCUGGUUGCUCGAGAUUCCUUUUUAGCAGUUUUUCUGGAUGCUAAGUCCAUCCACUUGCUAUCCCUGGUGUUGGCUGUCUCAAUGCCAAAAGGAGGUGUUUGGAACAGCGGGUUGUUUCCCUUUUAUUUCCUUUUAGUUUUUUUCAGCAACAAGUAUUUAUUUGGCUCUCUUUAUAAAGGAAAAGCAUUGCUUGGAAAUAGUUUCGCUGCUGUUUUUUUGACCCCACCACCCUUGUGGUAACUUGCAUCCUGCCUCCAGACUCUGCUAGUAGUUUCCUACGGUUUCAUCGUCUCUCUCUUUGGCUGACCUGGUCAGUAUUUAGUUGUUAAUGUGCUCUGCUUUUCUGUGAUCUUGAAUCUGGUGGUUAUGAGCUAAAAGUAUUGCCAAAAGUGGCCAACUCAUAGGAUAGUAAGGUUUGGAAGGGACAUCUGGUACGAUACCCUGCUUAAAUCAGGUUGCUCAAGGCCUGGUGCAGCAGUUUUGAAUGUCUCCAAGGAUGGAGAUUCAACAACCCAACGCCUUUAGAGGCACUCUGGUAUGUAUUAACCUUACAGUAAUGUAACCGGAAUUCAUAAUCGUGCAUUAAUCUUCCCUGUCACUCCGCUGAGAAGAGCCAUACUGGUAAGUAUCUGCCCUUGCUUGGUCUGUCAGAGCGUGCUCCUUGCCCAGGGCCAUCAGCUCCUCCACCCCUGAGACCUCCCAUCCCUUCUCAGCUUUGCGGAGAUCACUGCAGCAGGAGCUGCCUCCGGGUCCUGCUGCCUCUUUUGCGGCCAUCAAGACACUUUGGUCAUCUUGCACACUAUUUAUGAAAGGGCACAGCUAAUUACUCACUGAUUUACUAACCUCUAUGCAGGGCUGGUUUUUAAAGCAGCUUCAACAAACCCUUUUUUUUUUUUUUAUUUUUUAAAUUUCUGACAAGGAGUUUUCCAUCCGCCCCCAGAGAGAAGGAAAGCAAAGAGCUGGAAAAAACCCAACCGAUGCUAAAAACCAGUAACAGGGAGGACGAGUCACCUUUUCCCUGGUCUCUUCACAACUUCCAUAUUUCAGCCAUUCCGUGACACAAAACGCUUUCUACUUGCACGUUGGCUCAUUUCUGCUCUUGGCAGUGUUUCUUUGUUUUCCGAUGGACCUACAUGGCAUUUGCUGAGCAGUUACCGAUGGGGCUUCUCUGAUGGUCUUGCUGAAGGGCUUUAGAUCAGAGGGGAACCAGGCGAUCCCAGGGCUGCAGGGUGAGGACAUGAACGGUUGCCAAGGAACUAUUUAAAGAGGGAACAGGCAGCCACGGGACACGCGAGAGGGAGCUGUGACCGGCUGUAACCCCGGGAGAAGAGUGUUAGGGCAGCAGCCAGAGACCUGGGAAAGGCCUGGGGGCAAAAAAGGUCAAUAAGAAUUUUUUAAAAAGCUGAGAAGAGCUACAACAUAAAAAAGACUGUAAAAAAAAGCCCUUUUCUUAGGAGACAGGCUGUAUAAUGCAAUGGAAUGUCUUAAUUAUCACUUUAAUACACCUAACGGCUGUAAAUUAAUUUCCUCCUCUUAAAGAGACCCUGAAAUACCACCUGUAAAAAUUCACCACAUGUAACUCACCAAGAAAAAACAAGGAGUAAAACCACAGGUGAUGCCACCUCUUAAAAAAAAAUUAAUAUCCUCGCCAAAUGGUACUAAAAAACAGUCAUGCAAUUAUGACUAAGACAAACGACAAACUACAGUUUAAGACAUUAUAGCCUUCAAAGGGUUAAUUAACUGGCCUUCAUCUAAACUUUCCGAUACUUGAUUUUUUCAUGAUGCAUUUGCUUGAGUCUCAGCCCUGAGCUUGCCGUCCGGACAUCACUAAAAACGCCAGGUGAAGGCUGGCGUUUGGGUUAGGACCUCACUGACGCAUCCAUGGCUGGGAGCUGGUCAUUCCCUCACCUCACACUUCACACAAUGAGAUUUGUAUAAAGUUCCUGCAAAAAGAAAAAAGGAAAAAAAAAGAUAAAUUAUCCAACUGCUGUGAAAGGCGAUGCCAACCCGGACCCCACAAGCGCAUCCCCCUCUGCCUGUGCCCUUGCCUGACUCUGUGGUCAGACCAGAAGCACAAACCUCGGCUCCGACCCAAUCCAACAUCCGUCACCUCCAAAGCUCCAAUGCUUUAAAUCAGUCCGGCACCAUCGCCUUGUCUGCUAAUUGCUGCGAGAAACAAUCUCCCUGGAGCUCCCAGAGCUGAUGAACCAUUCUUAAAUUCUCCCUUAGGCCUCAGAUUUUUAUUUUUUUAAUUUCUUUGGCCUGUGCUGGCUAACCACAUUUGGAUGUGGUAACGAGGGUUUUUCCAACAAGCCACAACCACUCGCACAAAGAAAACCGGCCUGGCGAUGGGCGGCUCUGCGGUAACGACCCACUUGGCCUUGGACAUAGGUCCAAUGUUUGCUUUUUAAUCAAACUGUGGUGGGCUUACGAAGCCACUGGUUUUUGCAGUGAGAGGACAAACCCCCACGGGCCCACGUGAAGUUUGAUAACGGAGGGAAAAGACUUCGGAAAGAUCAAACUGGAGGUUUCCUUGGGAAGAAAAAUACCAGCUGAGAGCAGAGAUGGAGCCCUCAUUUCCCGGGGGUGUAUGGUCAGUCGAGGGUCUGUUCUGCUCAUAAGGACAAGCACUUUACACCUCAUUAUUUUCUGGCUUUUGACAGCAAUUAACACUAGGCCUUUUUCUUUGAUAAUAUUGUAAAUGAAGACCAAUGAUAAAAGUCCAUGCCCCAAGACACGAGGUUUGGGUCAGUACGGGGCUGGAGCAGGAGUCCAGCACCGCACACAGCUGUGUCCACACAGCGUGCCUCAGGGUUGAGCUUUCGCAAGGAUGGAGAAGCAGCUUCCCCCUGUACCUGGGGGAAAGUCAAUGCAGAGGCAAAAUAUGACAGACCAUUCCCGAGGAUGCCCCAUUUCUGCAAGACAGGAUGGGCCCGUCAGCAGCAAAGCAAAGGACGCUCAGCAAGGAAGAGCAGGUUUGGGGCUGCAAUCAUGGGGAAGUGGGUCCUGAGCCUCCGGAGCUGCCCCAGGAGGCACGGGGACAACGUCCACCGAGCCCCUGAGAAAACGCAGGUCUUCAAAGACAGUGCAUGGGAACGACUGGGAGGGCUGGGGACGUGUCCAUGUGGAGGCGCCUGCAGGCAACCCCAGGUCUUCGGGCAACACGGGCACCAUGGCCCGACAGGAAGGCGCUGGUUUGGCCCCUCAGUUUCGCCCUGGGCUUUCUCCCUUUCUCCUUUUAUUCUCUCAUAUUUUCUCCCUGGGAAGAAGCACUUGUGACUGACUUCAACCAGAUGCCGUUCUGUCUUCGAUAAAGAGAACAGCCUCAAUAUUUUUGUGGUCCUUUUCUGCACCCUAUCUUCAUCCUACAUAAAAAAGUCGCUCAGAUUGCCAUCUAUCCUCCCAGCACCAUAUAAAAAGUCGCUCAGAUUGCCAUCUAUCCUCCCAGCACCAUCAGCAGGGGUAACAAACGACCUUGUUGUUCCCUCUGCUCGCCGAGCUGAAGGUCCCAUUAGCUACCUCCACCUCUGCAUGGGAGCUCACACACAGCUGCUAGCAAGAAAGCACUGAUCCAGGGUCAUGGUUUCAGCUGGGGUAGAGUUGACUUUCUCACUAGCAGCUGGUAUAGUGCUGUGCUUUGGAUUUGGGAUGAAAACGGUGUUGGUAAACACUGAUGGUUUUGGUUGUUGCUAAGCAGGCAAGGCCUUUUCUGCUGCUCAUACUGUCCUGCCAGUGAGGAGGCUGGGAGUGCACAGAAAGUUGGGAGGAGGCACAGGUGGGACAGCUGACCCCAGCUGACCAAAGGGAUACCCCGUACCACAUGAUGUCAUGGUCAGUAUAUAAAACCGGGGUAAGAAGAGGGAAGGGUAGGACAUUCGGAGUUACGGCGUUUGUCUUCCCAAACCAUGAUGGAGCCCUGCUUUCCUGGAGAUGGCUGAACACCUGCCUGCUAAUGGGAAACAGUGAAUAAAUUCCUUGUUUUGCUUUGGUUGUGUGCGGGGCUUUUGCUCUACCUAUUAAACUGUCUCAACCCACGAGUUUUUUCUCUCUUUUACUCUUCCAGUUCUCUCCCCCUUCCCAGCUCGGGGGGCUGUGUGGUCCCACCUGGUGGCUGGGGUUAAACCACAACAUGCAGGGAAAUCACAGGAGGACAGGUCCUUUCUGACAUAUGAUGGGAGCCCUGGUGGGCGUUAAGUCUCUGGGAAAGAUCAGGGCCUCGGCCAGAGGGAGAAGCCAAAAAUGCCACAGACUGGCUUACGGCAGGCCGUGCCUUACUGCGUCCUUGGGGCUGGCCCCAGGUCGCCCUACUUGUGUCUGUCACUUUGAUCUCGUCACCAGCAGGCAGCAGCCUGCUGCGAUGCCGUCCCACAACUGCCCAGUUCACGACCACGAGUGCUGCAGCUACACAGGAGCAUCUCACGGUCUCUGCCAUCUUCCUCAUGGGAGAUGCACCCUAAUUAAAUGAUUUCAGUCUCAUUUUGGUGCCGGAGCUUAAUGGUGCUUCUUGAUGUUUUCUUGAAGUUGAUGUGCCCCAGGAAAGAAAAUAGGCGCAAGGAAAGAGCUCUUGAGAACAUAUUUGCUGUGAAUUUCGAGAUGCCGUGUUAUACCCAUGAUGCUAGUACAAGUGCAGCACUAAAAGCCAUGUCAACCUUUUGAAAAGGAAAAAAGAUAAAGUGGCAAUGUAAACAAUA